GUCUGAACUGCGUCACACGGCCGAGACCGCAGCGAUGUACGUCAUCACGCGGCGCCACUCCCCACGCUGGAUUACAUGUUACAUUCCGAACUGUUGUUUGUUUCUUUUUGUUUAGAUGAGAUGUCGGUGUUUCACGACGAAGUGGAGAUCGAAGACUUCGAGUUCGACGAAGAGACGGAGACGUUUUAUUUCCCGUGUCCGUGCGGAGACAAGUUCGCUAUUAGCAAAGAGGAUCUGGAGAGUGGCGAGGAGGUGGCGUCGUGUCCCAGCUGCUCGCUCAUCGUCAAAGUUAUCUACGACAAGGAACUGUUCAUGUCCGGAGAAAUCAUCGACGCUCCGUCAUCGUCUUCAGAAGCCAAACUGGAGCUGGUCCAGUCCUCCUGACGCCUCGCAAAACCACUGAACACAUCCCUCCAUCAGCUGAUGGAUGAAUCAUUGGAUCUGGGGGAUGCGCUGACCGCCGGUCGUCACAUGUUCUCAGUUUUGCGGCGAGGAUUGAUCCUGGUGCUGCGUUCAGGUGUUGCUGGGACACAUGAGACUCUUCAGUAGAUUGUAAAUAUGUUCAAACAUUAACUUAUUGAAUCUUUUGUUCAAAAUAAAAAUCAUCGAACUG